UUGUUUUUCAAUUUUUGUGAUUUGUGCUGUUUUUUAAUCGCAGUGGAGGCCAUUCUGGCAACGUGAGUUCAUUAGAUCCAAAAUUGUUCAGAAAAGAGGUUAAGGAGGAUGAAGAAAACCGAACGAAUUGCGAAUUUGGCUUUGACAGGUUUAUCCUUAGCACCGCUUGUUGUGAAAGUAGAUCCGAAUUUAAAUGUUAUUUUGACUGCUUGUCUCACCGUGUUCGUGGGAUGUUACCGCUCUGUCAAACCAACACCACCAACUGAGACAAUGUCGAAUGAACAUGCCAUGCGUUUCCCCUUUGUUGGGAGUGCGAUGUUAUUGUCACUGUUCUUACUCUUCAAGUUUCUAUCAAAGGACCUUGUGAACACUGUAUUGACAGGCUACUUCUUUGUACUUGGGAUUGUUGCGCUUUCGGCAACAUUAUUACCGUUUAUUAAACGUUUUCUGCCAAAGCAUUGGAAUGAGGACGUCAUAGUCUGGCGAUUUCCAUAUUUCCGAUCUGUGGAGAUUGAGUUUACAAGGUCACAGGUCGUUGCUGGCAUCCCUGGGACAUUCUUUUGUGCUUGGUAUGCUUUGCGGAAGCAUUGGCUGGCAAAUAAUAUAUUGGGUCUUGCUUUCUGUAUUCAGGGAAUUGAAAUGCUUUCUCUUGGGUCUUUCAAGACUGGUGCUAUUCUCUUGGCUGGUCUAUUUGUAUAUGACAUAUUCUGGGUUUUCUUCACUCCAGUAAUGGUCAGCGUUGCAAAAUCAUUUGAUGCUCCAAUAAAGCUUUUGUUCCCCACAGCAGAUGCUGUAAGGCCAUUUUCAAUGCUUGGUCUUGGUGAUAUUGUUAUCCCUGGUAUUUUUGUAGCAUUGGCUUUGCGGUUUGAUGUAUCCAGAGGAAAACAGCCCCAAUAUUUCAAGAGUGCAUUUUUAGGAUACACUGUUGGCUUGGUCCUUACAAUUGUUGUGAUGAACUGGUUUCAGGCUGCACAGCCUGCUCUUUUGUAUAUUGUACCUUCUGUAAUUGGAUUCUUGGCUGCUCAUUGCAUAUGGAAUGGUGAUGUCAAACAGUUGUUGGAGUUCGAUGAGUCAAAGACUGCCAAUUCACCUCAAGAGGAUGACAAGUCCAGCAAAAAGGUUGAAUAAGUUGAUGCAUGCCCAAUACCAAUACUUCCUAGUCAGAGAAGAAAUACUGUUUUUUUUUUCUUCUGAAAACACCGUUACAUUUAAAGCUAACUUAUUCAGCAGCACCUCUGUAACUGAUUGUGAUUUUAAAAAAAAAAUGUAUUAGUUUUAUCUUUCAAA